GGAGAGGCCAUCGCAUAUCCUGAACACCCAAGGCUGGCCCUCCUUUCAUCAACUACCUCCAACAUGCAGUCUUUGCGGUCAACGCGCUUUUGCCGCUCUUCCCAACCGCUGUCCAAGAUUCCACGGCGAUGGAGCAAUUCUAUAUCUCAGCGCCCUGGAUCGGAUCGUGUCCGAUUUCCAGGCGCGAUUAAUAGCAAAUUUACCACCGACAUGACCUUCAUCAAUCCCACCGAAAUGUCCAAUAUCCCUACGUACCGAGUCAUGGACUCCGACGGAGUACUCGUCGACAAGUCGCGCAAGUCCAUCGAUGUGCCAAAGGAGGAAAUUUUGACAUGGUACAAGAACAUGUUGACAGUAAGUGUCAUGGACGUCAUCAUGUUCGAAGCGCAACGGCAGGGUCGACUGAGCUUCUAUAUGGUAUCUGCCGGUGAAGAAGGAAUCAGCGUUGGAUCCGCCGCAGCCUUAACCCCCGACGACGUAGUAUUCGCCCAGUACCGCGAAGCAGGCGUCUUCCAACAACGCGGCUUCACUCUGAAAGACUUUAUGAGCCAACUGUUUGCGAAUAGAUUUGAUAACAGUAAAGGCCGUAACAUGCCUGUUCAUUAUGGCUGCAACUAUCCCCGAACACACACAAUCUCCUCCCCCCUUGCAACCCAAAUCCCUCAAGCCUCCGGUGCUGCAUACGCUCUAAAGUUACAAUCACUACAGAACCCCGAUACCCCGGCGCGAAUUGUAGCCUGCUAUUUCGGCGAAGGAGCCGCCAGCGAAGGCGACUUCCACGCGGGCUUGAAUAUAGCCGCGACGCGGUCCUGUCCCGUGGUAUUCGUCUGCCGCAACAAUGGAUAUGCAAUUUCCACCCCUACACUAGAACAAUACAGGGGUGAUGGUAUCGCCAGCCGUGGUGUUGGCUACGGCAUUGACACCAUUCGGGUGGACGGUAACGACAUAUUCGCGGUCUACGAGGCAAUGCGUGAAGCUCGUCGUCUCGCCCUUCAAGAUGGAGGUAAACCUGUCCUCAUCGAAGCAAUGAGCUACCGUGUAUCGCAUCACAGCACCAGUGAUGAUAGCUUUGCGUAUCGGGCAAGGGUAGAAGUCGAGGACUGGAAACGUCGCGAUAACCCGAUUAUCCGGUUGCGGAAGUGGUUGGAAAAUGAGGGUCACUGGAGCGAGGAUCUAGAACGUGAAACGCGUGAUAAGAUCCGGAAAGAGGUGCUCAGGGAGUUUGGAGAGGCAGAGCGGGAGAAGAAGCCCCCGUUGAGGGAAGCAUUUGAGGGGGUCUACGACGAGUUGACGGAGGAGGCGGAGGCUCAAAUGAAGGAGUUGAAGAGGAUACUGGAGACAUAUCCUGAGGAAUAUGACUUGCAUCAGUUCCAAGAUGGAGUGAAUGGAUUAUGAUAGACCUGUGGUCCUGGUCGACGCUUCUUGUCAGCCCAAGUCAUGAGGAACCUACGUGGCAGGCCUUGUUUUAUGUUUAUAGCCGUAAAGCCCGAUCAGCAUAUAGAGGGAGAUUCAUUAGGCUUCUCCAUGAUACAAUUUGUGAAAUGAAUGCCUACUCACC